UUACUGAUUCUUUUUCAACAUUGGCUGCUGUUUGGUUGGUCCAAAUAAUAAUAAAAUAUACCAGACUUUCUUCUGUGGGCAAUAAGAAGGCAUAUAUUGGUCUUCUUCUCCGUCGCAAAACUAAGGGCAGAAUCAGCGCAAGAAGAAAUGCAUCGUCCUCUUUUUGGCCGUUCUUUCGCCGUGCUCGUGGCCCCGAUCCUUCUCUCCGUGAUUGCGUUCAAUUUUCUCACUAGGAAGAAAUCUAGUGUUCGUAGAAAUGCAGAAGGUGCUGGUAUUGGCGAAUUUGGUUCAUCGACUGCACCGACAGAAACUAAUUCUGGCGCAUCUAGUUCAUCAGCCGCACCGACAGAAACUAAUAACGUUCCAUCUGCUUCGUUGAAUGCAUCGGCUGGAAACUGCUACGAUGUGUUCUUGAGUUUUAGAGGCCCAGAUACUCGAGAUGGCUUCACCGAUCACCUCUAUACCGGGCUCGUUGAUGCCGGAAUUCGUGCUUUCAGGGACGAUGAUGAGCUUCGCCAAGGCGAGGAGAUUGGCCCAGAUCUUUUGGCGGCCAUCAAGAACAGUAAGAUCUCGAUCCCCAUCCUCUCAGUGAAUUAUGGUUCGAGCAAAUGGUGCCUUGAUGAACUGGUUCAAAUAAUGGAGUGCAAGAAUAAUAACAAGGGUCAUAUAGUAUUACCUAUAUUCUACAAAGUGGAACCAGCUCACGUGCGACACCAGAUUGGGGAUUUUGGAGAAGCAUUUCGUACACGUUCGAGGCGUUUCGACCCAACGAUCCUGAAGAAAUGGGAGCAAGCACUCGUUAAAGUUAGUUCCUUGAAAGGAUGGGAAGCCAAAAGGAAGGAAGGAGAAUUGGUGAAAUUGGUCAUCCAAAAAGUGUUGAGCGAGUUGAAGAAAGAGUUUGAGUUGGUUAUUCCUGAAUAUUUGGUCGGAAUUGAUGGUCAUGUGGAGGAGGUUAUGAAAUUUAUAGGUAAUCAUUCCAGUGCUACCAAAUUUAUCGGAAUCCACGGAAUGGGAGGCAUUGGUAAGACAACUCUUGCGAAAACCAUCUACAACAAGCUCUCCAAUCAAUUUGAGUAUCGUAGCUUCAUUGUAGAUAUUAGGGAAUUAUGUCAGUGUCAUGGACUUGAGUACUUGCAGAAUCAACUAUUGUAUGAUAUAUCGAAUCAAAAAAAUCAAGUUACUAAUAAGGAUGAAGGGACUAAGCUCAUCUCAUUGAUGUUCAAAGAUAAGAAAGUCCUCAUUCUUCUUGAUGAUGUGGAUGAUCAUGAUCAGUUGAAGGCUUUGGCUGGAGAUCACAAUUGGUUUUCUUCUGGAAGUAGGAUCCUUAUUACCACUAGAAAUAGCAGUAUUUUUGACAAUGUAGGGGUGGACUACAAAUAUGAACAUAAGGAAAUGGACAAGAAUGAUUCCAUGGUUCUGUUUUGUAGACAUGCAUUUCGAAGGAGCUCUCCUCCAAGUGAAUUUGAGGACCUUGCUCGUGAUGUUAUAGCUACCACCGGAGGGCUUCCCUUAUCUCUUGAGGUUUUAGGUUCAACAUUGUGCGGAAAAAAGCCAGAAUUCUGGAGAGGUACAAUAGACAAGUUAAAAAGAGUCCCUCAUAAGAAAGUGCGAGAAAAGUUAAAGAUAAGUUAUGAAGUAUUAGACUAUGAACAAAAACAAAUAUUUUUGGAUAUCGCUUGCUUUUUCAUUGGCACUGACAAAAGAAUCGCAUCCUAUAUGUGGGAUGCCUGUGGCUUUUUCCCUGAGGAGGGAAUUGAAGUAUUGAGAUUCAUGUCAUUAAUAAAACUUGGAGAUGAUCAUGAGCUUCGAAUGCAUGACCAAUUGAGAGAUCUUGGUAGAGAUCUAGUUCAUGAGGAAAACCAGCGAGAGCCUCAGUACCGUAGCAGGUUAUGGGACUCUAAGGAAGUCCAGAAAGUGCUAAAGGAAAAUAAGGGAACGGACAAGAUUGAGGCCAUUGAUAUGAGUGAAGGCAGCUCAAAAGGCUCUGGCAAAACAACCAAGCGAGAUGGCAACAAUUACACAGCAAAACAAUUCAAGAAUUUGACGAGUCUAAGAUUCCUUCAAAUGAAGAGGGCACAUCUCAGUGGAGAUUUUGAGAACUCAAUUGAGGAGUUAAAGUGGCUCCGAUGGCAAUAUUGUCCUGUGAAUUUCAAAGUAAAAAAUUUUCAUGUAACGAAAUUAGUUGUACUCAAAUUGUCGGGCAGCAAGAUAAAUGAUCAAUGGGAAGGAUGGAGUUCUUUCAUGACGGCGGAGAAUCUCAAAUAUCUCGACCUCACAGAUUGUGACUCCUUGGAAAAUACGAUCUUCCUCUCAGCUUUUAAGCAUUUGGAGGUUCUCAUCCUCGAAAAUUGUCGAAGACUGAAGCAGAUAGAUCCUUCAAUUGGAGACAUGAAGGCCCUCCUUCGCUUGGAUUUGAUGGGGUGUCAGUCCCUUAGAAAGCUUCCAGCAGAAAUAGAGUCUCUGGAGAAUCUAGAGAUUUUGAACAUAUCUGAAACCCGUAUAAAAGAAUUACCCAAGGGUAUUGGGAGUUUGAGAAAGCUCCAAGAGUUAUGCGCUUCAUAUUGCAUAGAUCUGAAAGGGGAAAUGCCGGAAAGCAUGUGCAAUCUUUCUUCCCUACAACUCCUUGAUGUUCUUGGCUGCCUCCAGCUCCAAUCGUUGCCGGACAACCUUCCUUCCAGCGUAACAGAUUUGAGCGUCACCUGUGGAAGCCGCAAAUUGCCCUCACUUUCCCACUUAACCCAUCUCAAGCGACUACGAGUUUAUUCAUGUGGAUCUCUUGAGUGCAUCGAAGUGCUUCCAUCAACACUAUUAAAGAAUUCAGAAUGCUCCCAACCGACAGACAUUGAAGAAUCAGAAUUACCACAAUCCCUAAACACUCCCUUCGAGCUGGAAUUCUUGUACGUUCGGGCCUGUCAAUCCAUUAAAACAAUGGACGUUUCACAGUUUAUCCAUCUAAGGACAUUAAACGUCGCUAAGUGCCAGAAUCUAGUUGAAGUUCGAGGUCUUGAACUUGACAAAUUGAUAUAUUUGGAAAGCUUGACUGUCUAUCGGUGCGGUUCAAUUGAGAAGCUGCUCCUUCCAAAAUUCAAGAGCCUGAAGACAUUAGAUGCUAGAAAGUGCAAGAAAUUAGCCGAAAUUCAAGGCCUCGAUGGGUUGGAGUUUUUGGAAAUCCUUGAUGUCUCUAAGAGCGAUUCAAUUAAAAGGCUAGACCUUCCAAAAUCCGGGAGGCUGAAGAUAUUAGACGCUGAUGCCUGCGAAAACUUAGCCGAAAUUCAAGGCCUCGAUAGGUUGGAGUUUUUGGAAAGCCUCGUUAUCUCUGAGUGCGCUUCAAUUGAAAGGCUGGAUCUUCCAAAAUCCGGGAGGUUGAAGACAUUAAACGUUGAAGGCUGCAAAAACUUAGCCGAAAUUCAAGGCCUCAAUACGUUGGAGUUUUUGGAAGAACUGAGAAUCGGUGGAUGCGAGUCGCUCCAAACAAUUCCAGAAUUAUUUGGUGUGUGGAUUGAUUGAAAUUUCUAGAAAUCAGAUGAGGGAUCAGACGAGGAAUCAGACGAGAAAUCAGACAAGGAAUCAGACGAUACGUACGACGAGAAUGAGUCAAUACAAUGGAAAUGAUCCACAUUUUCUAACGAAGGGUACAUAAAGCAGAUGCCGCAUUAGUUUGAUCCAAAGAGUUCAAAAAGAAUAUCGAGUUUGACAAACAGAGAUCCCUAAACUUUGGAGUAUUAUCAGUAGUUCGUUGAUGUUAGUUGCCGGAUUGAUUUCUUCUGACUCACUGGCAGGAUUCAUUUAUCAUUCCACUGGUGGAUGUAAAUGCUGAAAUAUCCAAGAGAGUUUUCACAAGGCGCUUCUAAAAGGAAUCGAAAUCAUCGAAGGAUUAGGAGCUCGAUGUUUCUUGAACUUCUCGAACCCUAACAAUGCAUCCUUGGAAAGGUAAAGGAUGUUUGCAUGUUGUCAUCCCAAAUUGCCCUGAUUAUAUUUAACUGAAGCUUUGCAGAGCUGAAACUGUCCGCCUCCACUCCUGUAAUCAAGUCUGUCUGUCUGUCUCUCUCGUCCUUAUUUUCUCUCCCGCCUAUUCCUCCCCUGCAAUUUUCUCUGCAUACUUUGGGUCUCACUGGCUUCUCAAGUUCGGCUCCCGGUGUUCUUUUGCAACCUAAUGGGUGGUCAACCUGAUUGGUCCGACUCGGAUUUGUGAAGUUUGCUCGAUUUCUGAUUGGCAGGUGAAGAUGGCAGAGUGGAAUCCGGAGAAGGAUUUGCUGGCAUUGGUCAAGGAAGACUCAAAGGUGGUGCUUCAUCGCUUCAAUUGGCAGAGGCUGUGGACAGUCUCUCCUGUUGUAGAUACAAGUACUCUUGCGAUCCUUGCCUGAAGUUAGCUUUCGUGGAUCCACUCCACCUCGAGGUUCCAAAGCGGAACAACAAGAUUCAUCUUUGGAUUGAGAUAAUGGAUUGGAGGUUGCCCAAAAGAUAUAGGCUUUGCCUCACUUCACAAAUUUUAACUAACAUUUUCUGGUUUCUGUAAAUGUAUAACAUCAUUAUGCUGGCGUCCUGAUGGCAAGGUUGUUGUAUUGGGAUUUGAAGAUGGUACAGUUUAACUGCAUGAUGUAGAAAAUGGAAAACUGUUGAGAAGCUUGAAGUCCCGUGCGGUAGCAGUGGUGUGUCUCAAUUGGGAGGAAGAUGCCCAUGUGAGCAGAAGAAACAAUGCAGAGAGUUAGAGAAUUACUACAGUUUGGAGGAUUUGGGGACACUGAAUAUUUGCGGAGGACACUUGCGAAGGAAUCUCAAUAGAUGGAACGUAGAAACAAUGAACUUCAUCAAGUUGCUUACAGGCUUUGAACAUUGAAGAUUUACUUCAUGUCAUCCGGAUAUCAUUAUCAGUCAUGCAUAAGCAGUGGGCUGAUGCCAUCAACAUAUUUCAUGAGAAGUUUGAUUUGCUGUCAAACCUUAUUAGUGACCAUGGCAAGUGGUACUGUUAAUACAGAGCGGUAGAUGGCGUUUCAUUUUUCUUCAUUUAACUGUUUUCGUUUGCUUAUCUAGGUCUUGACUCUUCUCCUCAGGAGGAAUUUUUGAGUCUUCUCGGUGGUGCUAGGACCAGUCCUGCAGUCCAUCAGUUUCUUGUUAAUUCUGUGGGUAAAGUGCCUGCUGUAGAAAUUAUUGACUUUAGAAUGGGUGAGCUCAGGGGUCUUUCAAGAUGGCAUUCUCGUUAUCUAGGUAUUGGUUUGGAUGAGACACUAGUGGAUAUUGUAGUAGAAAAGGCUGGAAUGUUGCUUCUACAGGUUCAGUGAUUCAUAAGGGUGCUCUCAUAUGUUGUGCAGCCGUGAACUUCUUGUUGUGUUCUUGAAGUUUCUAUAUGAUCAAGAUCCUGUCAUGUAGCUUCUAGAUCUAUCUGAGGCUGAUGAAGCAAUUGACAUUGAUCCAGAAACGAUGCAGAGAGUCAGAGAAUUACUGUAGUUUAGAGGAUUUGGGGGCACCGAAUAUUUGUGGAGGACACUUGUGGAGGAAUUUCAACAGAUGGAAUGCGGGUAUUAGCAAAAGAAUUAGAAAGCUGAAAGUUAAGUUUCAAACUCAGAAUCUUAUCUCACAGUCCAACAGCUUUUAUAUGGGUUCAUGGAAGAUUUUCGAAAUCAUCAAAGGAUCAGCAGCUUGAUGUUUCUUGAACUUCUUCAAACUCUGACAAUGCAUCCUUGGAAUGGUAUGGAUCUUCAUACUAAAGUGGAAGCAAUUUGAUGCUUGCCUGCUAAAGUUUGUGGGGUUGAUAAAGAACUUAGAGGUUCUUACUACGGAAAGCUGCUGUCAGAGUUGGCUUGGAACGGGUGUAUCCCAUGCGGUCGAAGGUCUCGCAAUCAAAGUUUUGUGAGGCUGAGAUCUUAUUGCUGUUGAUUUUGCUAUUAGAAUGAUGGAGGUUUGUGGGCUGGGCCCGCCUCUUUGUGGGGUUCAGCUAACAUAACAUAACAGAAGAAGGAAAAGGUCAAAAAGAAAAAGAAAGGGAGGGGCUGUUGGUGAAGUGAAGAGUGGAGAGGGAGAGAGAGCGAGCGUUCCCCGAGAAGAAUGCACCAGAAGAAGAAAAAGGGGCAGCGACUUUUCGGUCCAUAUUCAAAGGCCAAACGCUGUCGGAAUUGACUCAAUUUUAAAAUGUUGUUUGUUCAUCGAAAACCUUCUCCAAAUUGUCUUUCGUUUUCUCCAAUCGCGAUUAGAGUUUCUUGCUUUAUUUUUAUUAACUCACCUUUGUGGUGAUGAAAUAAUAUUACAGUUGAGCCUUUAGUGUGUGAUUAAGGAAGAACAAUUGUGUAUCCUACUAUUCUUAAUGAUUAGUGAAAGUUUUUGAA